AUGGAGAUAAUAGAGAUUGAUGAUUUUCUUCCUUCUCCAUCAGAGAAAAAGAGGCAACUUAAAGAGCUUUUCACUCAUGAAAAUGUUGACUUACUUGUACAUGACACAUGGCAACAAUUCUCAGUUCAAGCUAAACACAUGGAACAAAUCUCCAAAAGAAAAAGAUAUGAAGAAGAGGAGAGAGAUAAAUACAAAGCUAUUCAGAGGAAGCUACUACCUGCAAAAGAGAAAGAUCCUGGAAGCUUCUUCAUUCCAUGUGUCAUAGAAAAGAAAAAGGUAGAUAAAGCCUUACUUGAUUUAGGGUCAAGUGUGAAUUUAAUGCCUUAUUCUUUACUUGAACAAAUGGGUAAUUUGAAAGUCAAACCUAUAAAGAUGAAUUUGUUAGUGGCGGAUGGUUCUUUGAAGAAUCCGUAUGGUAUAGCAGAGGAUGUUAUGGUUUGUGUGGGAGAACUCAAAUUCUUGGUUGAUUUUGUUAUCAUGGAGAUGAAGGAUGAAAGGAUUCCUAUCAUUCUUGGAAGGCCAUUUAUGAAAACGGCCAAGGUUAUCAUUGACGUAGAUGAAGGAAUUGUGGUGUUCCAAGAUCGUGGCAAAAAUGAAGUUAUUGAUGUGUUCAAAGAGGAACAGUGGACAAAAACUAGUUAUAAAGCUACAUGUUAG